AUGAAGGGUGACAGAGACUAUUCGGAAAUCGGUCUCGAACGAUCUGGAGAUAUCAAUAUUCUCCAAAGAUAUCGCUUGGCUCAAUACUGGAGGGAAAUCGAAAGAGGCAACACUAGACCGCCUUUUAUCUCACAUAAGCUUCUCUUUAUAGAGGAAGACCUCCGGGAAGUUGUUCAAGAAGAGAUAUAUAUUAACAAGGGAGCUGUCUUGAAUAAAGAUGCCAAAGAGAGGCUUAAUGCUUUGAAUGCUAAAUACUGGCUAUUACAGCAAAAGUGGUGGCAUUAUCGUUCCUGUCUUGCUGAUGGGUUUCAGCUACGAGCAUUUGAGCUAUGGCGGUCCUACCCUAAAUGGUAUAUGCACCGCGUGCUCGUUGAAGAUUGUGCUGGCCGACAAGGAUGCUGUGCUCGUGGAUGUGACUGCUGUCUUAACCGUGAGAUCAACCCUGCGCCCCCUAUCCCUCUCCGCCCCCCGGGCACAGAGGACGAGACGCUGACUGCCGAGCUCUUUCGGUUGGCUGACGAGAAGGGCCGCCCGUGGAUGAUAGCCACGGCCCGUGACGUCCUCUGGAUCGUGGUCUGCUUCCUUGUGGUCAUCAAGACCAUCAAUCUCCUCUUUGGGUGGGCCAAUGGGGAGAUAUUCCGCUGGCGGAGGCUAAAUGCGCAGCGGGAGCUAAAUGCGCAGCGUUGA